AUGGCAGCUGUAAACGUAUUAACCGCGACCGCCGCCCAGCUGGGGCAACUGCUGCAAGCCGGCAGCAUCACCAGCGUGGACAUCGUCAACGCCUACCUAGCUCAGAUCGACAAACAUAAUCGUGAUGGACUGGGACUCCGAGCAUUGAUUUCUGUCAACCCCGAGACCGCUCUGGAGCAAGCGGCCGAUCGCGACCGGGAACGUACUGAGGGCCGGAUCCGCAGUCCGUUGCAUGGCAUCCCCAUCAUCGUCAAAGAUGCCAUCAUCACCGCCAAGUCGCUCGGUCUGCCCACCACCGCGGGGGCAGUCGCCUUUCGGGAUACCUACGGGAAACAGAAUGCCGCUGUGAUCGAGCUCCUCCUUGAUCAGGGACUCAUCAUCCUCGGGAAAGCCAGCAUGACCGAGUUUUGUGGUCUCAAGGCCUUUUGCAUGACCGCGGGCUGGUCGGCGGUCAAUGGUAUCACCCAGUCGGCGUAUAUCGAGGGCGGCUUUCGACCCGAUGACCUCUUCAUCGGUCGAUCUGGUCCCGGGGGCUCAUCAUCCGGGUCCGGGGUGGGCGUGUCGGCGGGGUUUGCCCCGUUGUCCAUUGGCACCGAGACCUCGGGGUCGGUCUGCAUGCCCGCCAAUCGGGCGGGGCUGUACUCUCUUACCGCCACACGGGGGACCAUCCCCAUGGAGGGGGUGUUCAGUCUGAGUCGGGAUUUCGAUCGGCUGGGCGGAAUGGCCAAAUGUCCGGACGAUCUAGCCUUGCUGAUGCAGGUGCUCAAUGGCACCCGUCCGCAGCCAGCCACCUGGGCGGACAUUGCGGUGGGGGUCGUCGAUCCGAUCGUAUGGAAUGUGUUUCAGUUCCAGAAAGAGCGGAAUGAGGAUGUUGAGAAGCAGAUUCUCGAUAAAUAUGAAUGGGCUCGGAACGAGAUCACCCGGCGGGGCGGGCGAGUGGUCUAUCCAGUGGAAGUCCCCACGAUGGAAGAGCUUCAGUAUGAGGGCAAGAGUGUCAGUCAUUCGGUGGCAUUCCAUGAAUUCCCUCGCCUGUUUGAAACUUUCUGCUCCCUGCUGGAUGCCCCGAGGGUGACUUCGGUGCAAGAGCUCGUCGAGUACAACGAGCAGAAUGCCGCUAUUGCUAUGCCGGAGCCACACUCCGAUCAAAAAGAUCUGAUCGACACGCUGCACUCCUCCCUGACGGACGAGUCUGCGGCUGUCAUCAAAGCCUAUGGUCACCGGCUCGCGGGUCCGGAGGGGAUCGAUGCGACCCUGGCGAAACACCAGAUCGACCUGAUCAUUGGCCCGGGGGAUUGUGCCACUUGCGCCGUGGCUGCUCUAGCGGGCUAUCCCACGGCGAUGCUGCCGAUGAGCCGGUUGGAAGGGAAAGGGGGCAUGGGACAACCGCAGGGAUUGAUGGUGGUGGGCAGUGCGGGGAGCGAGGGCCGGAUGCUGCAGCUGAUGCAGCGGUGGGCAGAGGUAGUGGGGCCGUGGGAGAUUCCCCCAUUGCUGCGGGAUUGA